ACUCUCUUCAUGUAUUUCCCUUGCACGAUCUGCAUUUUCCAAUUUCCUGAAUACUCCGGGAAAGCAUCCUCUUGAACGAGCACAUACGCUGUCAUCAAUAAGAGCUGAAAUAUUUUUCCUACGCAGGAUUAAUAUAUCCUUACAUAAACUAUACAUAUAUGAUGAACAUAUUUUAAAAAAAAUUGUAUGUGAAAAAUGAUAAAACAUAUUGUGUGUGUUUUUGUUCUUUUAACUUUUGUUUAUGGAAUAUCAGCUUCAAAUCUGACUUGCUAUCAGUGCAUCAAAAAUAAUGAAAAUGAAGAGUGUGGACCAGAAUAUUUGUUACCAUGUCCCUCCAGCUCAGAUAGAUGUGUCAUUCAUUUCACAAAAACCAAAAACAGUUUUGUUGUAAAAAGAGAAUGUGGACUAGCUCCCUGCGCAUUUGAUGACGAAAUGGCUGUAAGAGGACUGGGAAUGAACUGCGAUCGGUCCAGAAAAGAAUAUUUUUGUACUUCAUGCUGUAAAGAAAAUGGAUGCAACAGAAAUUCAGCCACUACUAUAAAAUUACACAAUGUUCUUAUAUUUUUUACGAUAGCAUUCAUUUGUAUCCUUAAUUUGUUCAGGGAUUUUAUUCCUCCAUUUGUCCAGUCCGAAAAUAUGAAUAAUUAUAAAAAAUAA